AUGGCGGUCAGGCACCUCCACCUCGAGAUGGCCUCCCGGACGCUGGUCCGUGCCUCGCACCCGCCGCCUGGCUUCCCCUCCGUCCUCACCGUCUCCAACCUCGACCUCGUCCUCGGGCCGUUCCCCAUCUUCCUCGUCUCAAUCUACGCCGCCCCCGCCGCUGGCCUGGACGCGGUCCUCGCCACCGUGCGCGCCACCUUGCCGUCCUACCUCUCCCGCCUCUUCCCCUUCGCCGGCCGCGUCGUGCUCGACCCGGAGACCAAGAUCCCCGAGGUCGCUUGCAACAACGCCGGCGCCGAGCUCGUCGUCGCCGACGCCGCGGUGCCGCUCGCGGCCGUUGACUUCUCGGAGGUCGACCAGUCGCUGGGGCUCAUCCAGAUACCCUUCGACGCGAGCCUCGCCUUGUCAGUGCAGCUGGUCCGGUUCGCGUGCGGCGGGUUCGCGCUGACGCUGGCCACGAGCCACCUCCUCGCGGACGGCCGGGCGUUCGCCUUCCUGCUGACCGCGCUCGCCGAGAUGAUCCGUGACGGCGGCCUCUCCCGCGAGCCCCUACUCGACCGGUCCCUGUUCAAGCCGCGGUCGCCGCCGCGGUACAGCGCGUUGCUGGACGCCGAGUUCGCCCGGUUCACGCCGGAGACGAUGAUCAACCCCCUCCUAACCGCGACCAUCCGGCGGCGGCUGUACCGCAUCGAAGCGGCCGACCUCGCGGCGUUGCAGGCCUCGGCGUCGUCUCCCGGCGGCGGGGGCCGCCGCGCGUCGCGGUUCGUGGCGCUGUGCGCGCACGUGUGGAAGCUCCUAGCGCGCGCCGUCGGCGACGCCAACCCGAGCUGCCGGAUGGCGUGGAUAGUCGACGGGCGGAAACAGGUGGAGCCGUGGGACGGCGCGCUGGACCGCUACAUCGGGAACGUGGUGACGUACACGGCCCGCGAGGUCAGCGUGGCGGAGCUGCUGCGCGCGCCGCUCCACGAGGUGGCGGCCACGGUGCGCGAGGCCAUCGCGGGGGUCAUGACCGCGGCGCGGUUCCAGGAGCUGGCGGACUGGAUGGAGGAGCGGAAGGCGGCGUUCAGGGACGGCGGCAAGUGGACGGAGGCGGUGAACCUGGGGCUCGGGAGCCCCGCGCUCAUCAUCUCCGGGCUGCUCCCGUUCGCCAUCGACGGGGACCUCGGGUUCGGGAAGCCCAGCCUCGUGAUGCCGUGGAUACGCCACGGCCGGCUGGGGUCCGCGUCCGUGACGGUGGUGCCCAACCCCAGCGGCGACGGGUCGUGGUUCUUCGGCGCCACCAGGAUGUGGCCGCGGCUCAUGGAGGUGGUUGAAUCCGACCCUUUGCUGAAGCCGGCAGCGAACCUGGGGAUGGCGACGUCGACGGCGGCGGCAUCCCGUCUGUGA